UGGGUCUCAAGGCUAUGGAACGAUUUCUAUCCGAGAGCUGUUUCGUCGGAGGUUCCCCGCAUCUGUUUACCAACAGGAAUACGGAUACCUUGCCAGCGUGUGUAGGUACCUACCUCUUAACCUAAGAUAAUACCUAUACACAUGCAAGCCUAGCUCGUUUCCUUAGGGCUCUUCACCUUCAACUGCUACACGCGAAACGUAAACAUCGAGAAGUAUUAUACGGGAAACUUCCUGCGUCGAAUAUAUAUAUACCCCCACCCGACGACGAUCGGUAGUAUACUCGAACCCCGCGGAACAGCGAAAUAGCUUAAACAAACGCAGAAAGAGAACAAAAAAAAAAGAAAAAAAAAUGGUAACCACCCGCUCCGCCAGCAAAGCCGCCACCACCAGGACCACCACCACCACCGGCGGCAGCAGCAGCAGCAGCACCCCCUCCACCGCACCGCCCAAGCUCUGGGCGCACGCCCCCUCCCGCCUAACCCUCCUCUGGUUCGCCGUAUCCCUGCCCCUCGUGAUCUGGGACUCGGGCUACGUGCUGCUGCGGCCUCUAACGAUGGAGGGCGGGCCGCUGCACUGGCCCGUGUACGCGCCGUACAAGCUCUACGGCGAGGUCGACCACGUAUACGGGUGGAAGGCCUUCCACGCCCGCAACGGCUUCACCUCCGCCCAGGGCGCGCUUAACGUCGUCGAGACCGCCAUGUACCUCGUCUACGUAUGCAUCUACCUCGGGUCCGGCGCCGCCGUCCCCGGCCGCGCUACUACGCGCGUGUUGAGCGGGCGGCCUGCGGCGCUGGCGGUCGUGACGGCGUUUAGCGCGGCGGUUAUGACGCUGAGUAAGACGGUGCUGUAUUGGCUUCAAGAGUAUUUCUCGGGUUUCGACAACAUUGGGCAUAACAGCCUGCAGGACUUGAUUCUCUUGUGGAUCAUCCCCAACGGCUUAUGGCUUAUUUUCCCUUCUUACCUCAUCUACGUCAUGGGAGGUGAAAUUGUAGAUGGUCUGACGGCUGCCUCGACCGGAACGGCUGUCAAGUCCGAGUAAGCGAUCGGUUUAGUUAUGAGCGAGCGAUACCUAUUUGAGUUCAUACCGGAGCGAGUAUAUGAGUUAGGUAUAUGGAAACCAUGAGAGGGCGUAAUGGUUUAAUGAUGGAAUAUACCCAAGUGCUAUUGUAGAUUGCAAGGCUAGAUGUGUAUGUAUAUUACAAACUAACAAACUACAAACUAAUAUUCGAAGCUGUAUUCGACCCAA